AUGAUAUCCUCGGGAUUGAGCCCAAAGAGUCCCGAAUUGUUGCUUUUCAGCCAUAGGACAUUCAAUAGAACAACAACAACAACAAGAAUCCAUCCGGCCUCUGCCAUCGGAACCAAUAACCACCAACAAGAACACCAACAGAAUGCUCCACCACUACCACCGAACAAAGGCUUCAUCACACCCACCAACCAGCUGCACCCUCCUCCGAGAGUUUCCAUCUCUUCCUCAUGUUUUGAAAGUGGAGGCGGCUCAUCAUCCACAACAUCGAUGUGUUAUUCCUUGAUCACUCCGUCCUUGUUGGAGGCCAUCAUGUUGGAGAAUGAGGUAGAACAGAAACAAGUGGUUUCCUCUUCUCCCAAUGUGGUCCUUUCUCCUCCACUGAUGGAAAACAACCAUCCCUCCGAUGGUACGAAUUUGAAUGGUUUGUUGAAUCAUCAGCAACCACAAUCUAAUACGUCGGGCCCUACUCACACGGCCAAUCCACUCAGCUGCUCUCCUGAAUUCUCUCUUCCGAGUGACAUCUUACUAAGCUUACAAGAUUCGCCGAGUAGCAGGCUUCAAGAGAAUGAACAACAUAAUCAGGAGACCACCACUCCUCCACAACCAGUGAACAGCUAUUCACUUGGAACGGUGAUUUCAAUCAGUGAAGAACUGUUGGCAUGCUCUCCACCCUUGUUUGUUCAAGCCUCAAAACCUCAAGUAAAUGUUCAAUUGUCUCCGAAAAGAAAGAAGAAGAAGCUUUCGAAUAAUGAGAGGUCUCCUCCGAAUGCUCAGGCGCAACACUCACCCAAGCGUGCAUUUGGAGAUGAGCUGAAUAGCUUACUCGUCAGUCAAGACAUGGAGGGAAAAAUUGCAUUUCACAAAUUUCAAACUGUGAAUAGCCCUCCUAGGUGCGUACAAGAAUUUGACAUACAUUCGAAUACGCGAGUGUUUAUUCUUGAUUUGAAUCUUAAUGAAGCGGCUUCGAACGAAGAGCCUCAAAUUUUGGAAAUUGUUGCAUGUGAAAUGAUGAAGAAUGGAACCACAUUUAAGGAGACUGGUAUACAUUUUCAAACUAGGAUUAUUCAGAAAGACGAAGAUAUAAGUAACUCUUCAUCACCAUUCGCCUCUCAUGACCGUCAGUUCAUUUCAGACGCACUUUUCAAUUUGUCACGAUUCAUAUUUUCAAAUUGCUUUUCAACCGAUGUCAAUAGCAACUACCCAACCAAAAUAGUUACACUUAACGAAACUGUGUCAUCCCCAAAGCUUUCUCUGCUUCAGAAAGUUAUUGACAUUGUAACAAAGAGUCCUGGACUUGAUCACACCAAUGGUCUGUUAAAUCGAUUGUUGGAGCUCAUUUGUUCACAUACCAUCUCACUGCUCAAUGUGUUUGGUAUUAAUAUUCGACAGGUUUCAAACCCAAAAGAAGCGUUGCAGUAUUUUGGCAACACUGCAUUAUUGACGUCUGCUCGCCCCUGUUCGUGCAUUACGCCCGAAACCAAUACAGAUCUCAACUUGUGUGCUCACCAAGCAUGUCAAUACGCAUCAUCACUUCUUCAAUCCAUGUAUCCCUAUCUCGACAGAAAAAGAGAGGAAUUCAAAAAGAAAGCUCUUAAUGACUCACUGAUAGAGCUGGACUUGGAGAUAGACAGCUCACUAUUACAAGCAGCAUCUGAUGCUGGAAGUAAUGCGCCUCCAGUCGACAGUAUCCCAUGUCUAUCCAAGGAAAGAAAACGAAAGACUCCAGAAAAGACAACUCUAAAAACUAGAUAUUCAAAAAUUAAAGUAUCUCCUCGAGUUAAUGUGGUUGUACCAAGUAGCGGGAAGAAGAAGUCCACAUUAAACUUGAAGACUGUGAAAUCAUGCUCACCAAAAAAGAAGCCACCAACUGCUGAGGGGCAACCACAAAAUGAUAAUAAGGAAAAUAAGGCAUGCGACCACUCAGGCAACACGAACCCAAUAACAACGACUUUGAAAAAACCUGUCUUUGUUGCACCUCCUUUAAAGAAGCCAGUUCAACAGAACAUUCGCUCAUGUACCUCACGCAUAGCUUCAUCAAACAAUUCUCUGGUUCAUGGCAACAGAACCUCUACAUCCCCUUCCACCAUCAAUGCUGCUGCUGGUCAUGUCAUGCACGACUAUGGAGCGGCGUUAAACACGAAUGUUGCAAACAAGCACCUAUUACAGGGAGCAAGUAGCUCCUCGGUUCUUUUUAAUCAUGCUCAUCAAGGAAACAUGAGCUCAUCCAACCAAGGGCCUGUUCAAUCAUGUCACGAAGCAGUUGCCACUUUCUCCAACCUCACGGAAUCGAUGGUUGAAUCCAUUCUCUCACCUAAGAGUGUUCCUAUUCUUCACUACUUUUCCACCUGCAAACCUAAAGCACUCGAGCCCUUUUGGAAAUCUCCUCGCAACACAAUGAUCAUCAAAUUAAGGCCUUUCCUGUCAUUGAGAGAUCUCAUUCAAAAAUUCCAUGAGCAUCCAUGUUUAGGACUCAAUAAUUUGGUGCAAUUUUGCAAAAAGAUAUUCAAUUUGUCAUAA